GCUACUUAACCUGCAGGAAGACUGAACAGAUUACAUCAUAACAAUUCUUUUCUUUUGUAAGGUAAGGUGACUGAAAACCUCCCUUAAUAUAACUCCAUUUCUUAAUAUAAGUAAAAAAAAAACUCGAAAAAUUCAAGGCAUACGAAAUUGGCGGAGAUCGAUAUUUAGGUGUUAGAGGCUGACAUGGGUGCUAUAUAUCUCAUAUUUUCCAAAUCAACAGUCUUCAAACACAAAUGAGGGUUUGAUUGUAAGAAAGGAAAAGACGUGCAGUGAAAGAGUGAAAGAGAAUGCUUCUGCACGGUAUCCUUACCCAAUUUGGAAACGUUCUUUGCAGAGAAUACAAAGGGGCAAAAGCAGAAACUUCAAUUUUUAUACUAAGGAUAGUUUGCUCAGGAAAACUUACUGCGGAAAAUACUGGGCGAAGUAUAUCGCCACUGUUAAAGACAAGGAGUUAAAAAAAAGGGAAUUAGUACCAAACAUUGUAAAAAUGCAAGGAACUAAAUCCGUCUGGAGUGUACGAGUUUAGGGUGAUUAGAUCGAAGAGCCCAAUUAUGGCAAGAAAUAGCAGCAACACUCAGGUCUGGAAUAAAUGUUAACCGCUUCCGGCCUUGAGAAAGGCCUUGAAAACUGAAUUGAGAGCGAACCUGAUUUUUUUAAUGUCCUAAAACCUCUUUUUUUUUCCGAGUUACGGCGACACGUUUAAGAACACCAACAACGAAGGCGUCGUGUGGUGUUUAAGAACUAAUAUGCACCAGGAAAGAAAUUUGAUUUAUUCCCUUUGUAUACUAAUACUAAACUCCUUCGCAUGUUAAUUAACGGUUUAUUUGUCCCUCUUUCCUUUCUUACAAUCAAACCCUCAGUUGUGUUUGCAGACUGUUGAUUUGGAAAUUAUGAGAUAUAUAGCCCCCCUAACCUUUCCUCACCCUCCAAUAAAAAUAAAAUAAAAUAAAAAUAGAAAAAGCAAAUGAAUGUCCAGAUCCUCUCGAUCGGAUCUCGAGGUUUACCAAUAAGAUAAAGGAAAGAAAGGGUUGAAAUCACCUUUUUUUUCAAAUGUCAACGUCAAAUCUUAGAGCCGUUUCUCCAAGAUAUUGAAAAUUCAGGAUAACUGAGGAAGACAAACCUAAACAAUUAUAGAAGCAUAUGGUUUUCAAUUUCAUUCCUGAUCAGUUUCUUUCCCAUAUCUUAUUUUUAGAGGACUGAACGCGCACAGACAAGGUUGAAGUAUUAUGGCGGUAAGUUGAAUAUAAUAUGUUCCCUGAUUCUUGAAUCCAGAGUCUUGCCACAAAAAGGUUAAUUUAUAUGUAAGUUGCUUGCUUUUUUUCAGUUUUUUACUCUUUGAUUCACGUGUGUUCAGUUUCGAUGAUGAACGGUAUAUUUUAUAUACGCAUAAUACUGAUAUUACUAGUAAGAACCUGGUAGUUUAAGCUGUCAAAAAUUUGCUAUUUUAACAAUCAAAAUACUAACAUUAGAGCUGUACCUGUUUGGCCAAGCAAGAUCAAGCAAGUUCUUUUUUGUGACGUACACAUAAAUUAUGACAAACAUUUUAACCAAGAAGUUUGACUUUGAAAUUCGAAAUUUUACAGCAGUCUUAUAUUUCCUUCACAGAAAAUACAAACCGAAUUUACGAAUUAAUAUUCUUAGGCUGAAUUGCAAAUCACUACUUAAAAAUACAGGAACCUAUUUCGCCAGAAGUCCAAAAAUGCAAGUUCUUACACGUGGGAAGGGGUUUUAUUGUAAUAAACAGGGAAGUCAUACAUGACUUUUUAGCCAAUUAUUAUGGUACCAGAUGCCUUGUUGAUGAACGCUUGAUUGACAGGCGUUCGAAAGCGGAGUAAAGAAUUCGGGUGUACCGGAAACGUACCGCUUGCAUGUACUCGCUCACCCUAUCCCAUAGACUAGUCUCAUUUAGUUAAUAUCGCUCCCCUCCACCUCGCUUUAUGGCUUCUUUCUGCCGUGAAACUCGCGAGGACGACUUUUGGAAUGCAUUGUGCUCCAAAUGUGAGAACGCACGUUUGUUUGGAAGAGGUACACACCGGCGACUUUGACAAGAUUCAUGCACGUAUUCGUAAGAUUGAAGCAGUUCGAUAACGUGACUCGUGAAUGUUUAUUAUUGAAUCUGUUCAGUUGACUUAGUCAUUACGCUAAUCAUACGGAGUAACAGUGUUUUUUUUUUAUAUUUUGCAUUCAGUUGAUUGACAAGCUGCUACGUGAAUUCGCGAAGGAAAAUUUUGGUGAUCGAGAACGAAGCUAUUUCCCUGUUGUCCAUGGCCGAACCCAAGAUAUAAAGUUACUUACGCUUGUAGUAAACAAACCUACUACAUCCGAUCAAGAAUGUGAAGUCAAACCGCAGAGGUACACCGUUCUUGCGGAAUUAGGAAGGUACGCAGCUGAGGAAAACGCUGAAGAAUUUGAGGCCAUGAUGAAGAAAUACAUCGUAAAAGAAGACUGCGGGAUAUUACCAGAGGGUGAAAAUGUAGAUGAUAAAGGAGCUGGAAGGUAAAUAUUAAAUUGACAGUAAUGAAACAUGGUUUAUAAAAAAAAUAAAAACGUCUUUUUGCUCUGAUCAGAUUUGGGGUACCUUGCGAGUUGAUCAGUUUACUUCGUUCUUCUUAGAUAACUUGGUAGGAAAGGUCAAAGCGACUCUGGUAUCCAAAAAAAAAAAAAAAAAAACUCAAAGUAAAAUCUGAGGAACUGAGAUCACUACUAGGUUAUUGCAAUGAAAAGAAAUAUUGUAGAAACUAUCUGGUCAACUUAAGAAAUAUCACCUCUCCUGAUAAUCUCCACCCAUGCAAGGAUUUUUCUGUUUAGUUUUUUUUUACCCAGUAGUGCAGUACUAACCAAUUUUUCAUGUUGCACCAGCCUCUAAAAUCUCAUGCGAAUACUUAUUUGAGUUCUUUAAUUCAGGUCGGUAGAAAUUGGAGGAGACGCUGAUAAUUUUGGCAGGAAAGGGAUCAAGAUAAGUGAAGAUCUGGGAUCCCUAGUGCUGGGAAGAAUUGAUCAGGAAUACAUACGUGAUCCGGACCUACGUGAAGUAUUGGCUAAAACAGAUCUAGACAACGUAAAAACAGAUGUCUUCGAAGACCAACAACUGAGCUUGAUAAUCUCAGUAAUUUUCAGUGAGCGAUUUGAAGUUAAAGGCAAGAGAAGGAACAAGGUAUUUUACUGUCGGAAAACUAUUCCAUGGUAGUAAAGUAGUGAUGAAAUUAAUACGGUAACCUUUCUGCGCAGAAAUCUCAUUAACUUACACAAAACAUCAAGGACGGCAAAGAUGAUUUCAUAGGCUUUUGUCUUUUCUCUAAUGAAUAAAAUGCGGGAUCGACAAAGGGUCAAUAAUGCGUAGGUGUUCAUGUAUUAUUACACAAGUCAAUAAGAUAGCAGCGCAAAAGCGGUUAAUUUCAUCACUACUAUACCACUUUCAGUCAUAUCUGAUAUUAAAGUGAUGAAUAAGUGAGAAGAGAAAAGGAGUGUUUAAUUUCAUUUUCACUUAUAAAUAAGCGAUCUUGCACGUUCUUGAAGCUACAAGUUUUUUUUCUUGUGAUGGGCUGUACUGUUGUAGAUUGAGUAUGGCAGAGUGUGAAUUACAGUGGUCUCUUGAUAAGAAAUAAAAGUUUAAGAUCCGGAAAGAUGCAUUACCAUAGACUCUUGCCUAAUCAAAGAUGUUUUCAAAAUUCAGCCAAAAAAUAAUCCUCAGUUUACAUUAAUGCUGCCAUUCGGUGGACAAAGUACUUCUCUAUUUACUCAUUUGAACAUUGGUUUUGAAGAUCGAAGGAGACGCAGAAGUAAAUCCCCCAGGGGUGAAAGAAACACGCAAGACGAUUGAAAUUCCUCCAAAUAUAGCAACGAGGCUGAACACUCGAGGACCAAUCCUGUUCAAGUGCUGCCGCGUUGUGUUUAACAAGGAAACAAAUCGAUUGGAACUCUCCGCUGAAGAGGUUGUUGGAAAAGAUUUUCUAAGAUGUAAUGAGGACGAGGAGGACGAUGAGAACGAUAACGGUAAGAUCAUAUACAUACAUAUAUAUAUAUAUAUAAUUAGUAUAUACACACUCAGUGAUCUUGGUGAUUUAAGCAAUCUGAUUGGUUCGCUAUCUCGGACUAUUCAGCAAUAUUCACCUCCUAGCGAGUGGAUAAUGUGUGAGCUCGGUGUUUUUCCCGUUUUUUCAGAGAACGAUCUUUUAAAAGUCGACAAAAUCCUAGGGCUGACUUUUUUUAAGGCAAGAAAAGACUUGGAAGGAUUCAAUACGGCGUUUUUCAAUUUACUGUAGCAGGAGUUUUGUGCUCGAUGGAUUGUUUACAACUCCCGUGUAUUCGCGUAGAAGAAGCCGUUUCGUGAACUCAGCGUUUUCUAAGAAGAAAAUUUUGGCUCAAAAAUCGAAGUUUAUUUAUGAGAAACAAAUUUAAAAGGAAAUGUUUGCAGAAAUUCUACAUUUCAAGUAAACAGGAAAAACAAUGAUACAGGAAGACGACCUCUUACCUCGAGCAACCGAGCCGCCAUUUUUGUCAGCACUUCAUGCGAAGAACGACACAACAUGCCCUUUUGGCUAUAAACUUGGCGAGUCAACAGAAAACAACACAGCUCUACUUUUUUUUUUUCUCAGGUAAGGAAACAGUUCAAACUUUUAGCGAUUCCAUUGAAGCCAUUACGCUGUUGUUUGCGAAAUGAGUAAACUUGUGAAUUGCCAUGUUUGAAAAUUCUGCAAAGAUCUAUUUUAAACUUACGCGUGAUUUGAUCUGUCAAUCAAAUCCUACUUUUGAAUGGUUUCCUUUCUGAUUUUGUUGAGAUCACUUCGUGUGUAUAUACUAAAACAAUUAUUCUUCUCAAUCUCGGUGAAUAGUGGCUUUGGGAAUAUUUACCUCGCCGCUUUCGCGGCUCGGUAAAUAUUUUGCCACUAUUCACCUCGAUUUCAAAGAAUAAUUGUUAAAUAUACACCCGUUUUCAAAAAGGUUUUCAUAUAGAGAGAUAUAUAGAUAGAUAUAUACUUUUAUUUUCUUGCACUUGCGCCCUUGAGCAUUUUUCACUUCUUAUUGUCCAACUUGUGAAAAAGCUCGGUUCAACGAUGAAUUUUGUCUUCGUCAGGUUCCUUAGUUCUAAUUUCUCAAAAAAAAAAAAGAAUGCACAAAUAUUGUCUGCAAUUCUCUUGUUUUGCAUGCUCUUGAAAAUUAAAGAAUGCGGAAUUCGGUCAGUUGUAGGUCAUAUAAUUGUUGUCGUUACAGGAUAAGCGGAAAAACCUCAAAAAUUUUAAUUUCCGCGACAACGGAGACGAAAUGGAAAAAAAAGUGUUUUCGAAACUGCUAUUUUUUUUUUCUCAGAAGGAAGAUGUACGGUGAAUGAUGUCCGCGAUAUUGGAUAUGUGAGAAGGAGCAACAAAUAGCAGUUUAUUAAUACGGACCAAGACGUUGAUGAGUUGGUCAUAUAUAUUUAUGCCUCGCUUUUUUUUGUUUAAAAUCACAUCUUGUAAGACAACGUCUCACUGAAGACAGAAUAAACUCUCGGCCACAAAAUAAUGUUUUGAAGUUAGUUUACAGUUUCUCUUAAGAACGUCCCUGGACGGCGCAUAAUACACUCUAUAACAAAAAUGCUUCGCCACUUGUUAUAGAUGCCAUGACAUUAAUGGCCUACCAAUUUGGGGACUUCCGUUUCUACGGAACGACACAGAAUAUUAAAAAAAAAUUGUUUUCUGUGUGACGGCUUAUAAUCAGCAAUAUAAUUAGCCAUUGCAAAUUUGUAUUGCAGGGCGCAUGCACUUUUCUAAAAAAAACUCAGCAACAUGUUCUUUUCAAAUUGGAACAAAGAACCCGAAGAAUAAAAAAUUUAUCGUUGAACCGAGUUUUUUCACAAGUUAGGAAAUAGCGGGUGAAAGAUGCACACGGGCGCACGCGCAAGAAAACAAAAGUAUAUAUGUAUCUAUAUAUAUAUCUCUAUCUGAAAACCUUUUUGAAAACGGGUGUACGAGGGAUGACGCAGUGGUGAGAGCACCCAUCUCUCACCAAUGUGACUCGAGUUUAAAUCCCGGCAUCGUAGUUAUGUGAGGUUCUCUCCUUUGCUCCGAGACGUUUUCCUUGGUACAUAACACUCCGGCUUUCCCCUCUCCGGAAAACCAACAUUUCCAAAGUCCAAUUGCACCAGGAAUGUAGAUGUGCUACCUCUAAUCGUUGUUUAUUAUUUAUUGAUUGAUUUAUUAAAUAACAAAGAAGAAAAUGGAAGUCAUUACUUUGAUUUGAGGUACGCAGUUGACCGCUGUUGUAGCUCUUCUAUAGCGUGUUUAUCGACGUAAUUUGAUUGUAUAAUUGCACAGAUAGAUUGAAUUUAAUUAUAUAAUAUUUGCGAACAAUUAGUUAGGUUAAUCUAUUAAGUGCUGGCUUAUACCUCAAAGUGUAAUUAGAAACUAUCUUUAGGUGCAGAUUCUUAAACAUAUAAGAAAACAUAUGACAUGGAAAGCAUUUAAAACAUUUUUGAGUUUGUAACGGGAUAAAGCUUUAAAUCACGACCUGAGGAAUAAUUCUGAAAUAUUUUCUUUUUAUUGUACAUGGAUUUUGGGGAACAGUGCACAUUGUUGCUAGAGUCCGAGGAAUCAUUCCGAAAUAUUUUGUUCUUAUUAUAGAUGGGUUUGAGGCACAGUGUACAUUGUAGCUAGAGUUGCCUCCUCUUUAUUUUCUUUCCACAAGGUUGGGAGAUUUGUGUUUUGUUCAAGAUACGGCGUAGCAAUAUAAAUUUUUGACAGUUGUAUUAAAAUGCUAUGUUCUAAAUUCAUCCAACAGGUUUGUCUGAGAAAAAUGAAACUGGAACAAACGGGGCUGCGCAGGACGAGCCUUUGAAGUCAAGUGACUGACUUUGCUAUCAUCUUGAAGCAAUUUUAUGAUCGCAUCUCGAGUCUAACAUGUAUCUGUAAGGUGCGAUCAGGGUUUAAAAUAGUACUGUAAACGUAAGAAUAAAAUAUGUUUUUUUUUUUACUUUACUUUCAAUCCCGGUCAUAAUUACUUGAACCUUUUAAGGACGCACGUGAGAGAGGGUACACGUGUUGCUUCUACCUCUCUUCCUCUAAUAACACAGGUGGAAAGAUAGAAGGAGUGAGAAGAGGCGGGGGCGUUGGGUUAGGGGGAGAGAUCGGUAAGGUAGCCUUCCAGCGAUUAUGAUUAUGACCGAGAUUGUGUCUGCUGAUAUUCAAUUUGUAAGAUGUAGAUGUCUGUAAAACGUUUAAAUCUCGUGAAUGUCUCUCAUGGCUGUUGCAUACUUAAACGUUGGUGCCACUAGUUCUGAGAGAUUUAAAGUUACGUCAAACCAUCACGAUAAUGAAAGAUUUCUUAUUUGCGUAUGAUAGAGUCGUUUAGAUUUGUUGAGCGUGUCUAAGUGUAGCAUAGCCGUUGCUAGUGAUUAAGAAAUUUUCGUUAUUAAACCACACUCAUGGCGUAUCGAUUCGUACUAUUGUUUCCUCGGUGGUCCGCUGAUCGUCAUUAUUGCGAUGACUCGUCCUUUGCUUUCACUCAUCUAGAAUCACCUGAUUAGAAGUCAUGUGAAUUAAUGAGGAUCGUAGAGCGCUUAAUAGUGAACUUACUCAAGAGAACGGCGGAGUAAAGAAGACAGCAAACCGUGUGUGACAAACGUAGAAUGGUUUUGUUUCAAAACGCUCUUCGCCAAAUUUCCCCGUUUUUUAAACAGAUGUUUUGUUUGUGAACAUCACGACGGGUGUUAGUAAAACGCGGGGUCGGGGUCGGAGCCACCCUAACUUUAACCCUCACCUUAAAACAGCAUUAUUUCAAAAAAGAUAGAUCCUGACCCCGACCCCGACCCGAUCCCGAGUUUUUCUAACACCCGAUUACGACAAAGACGUACGUUAUAGCCCUGCCACGUUUGUCACGCCCGAAAGUUUUCCGUUCUUUUCCAUUCUGCCAUCCUGUUACGUAAGCUGGCUAAUGCCCGAUGUCAGCAAGUAGGAACGGCGAGAUCAUAACGGUUUAUGAAUUAUGUUUUGGUUUUUCUAUUUCUUAAAUUGUAACUGUAGAAAUUGCAGAAUUACAAAGUACGUAGAAUAGGUGCAGUAUUAGUUUUUUCUAAUCACAACAUCCAGCGUUAACUAUAAUAUAUUUGGAGAUUAAAAGAUUUCACCGCCAUUGA